AUGAAUUUAGUUGUUUUGAUAAUUGUUCAAUUAAAUUAUGUUUUAACACGAUCAACAUCAAUCAAUUCUGGUGACUGUCAUAUACUUAAGAUUUUACUGAAUCAAUCUCGAAUAAAUAUUUUGUCAAGUGAAAAUAAUAUAGUAUCUAAAUUAAAUGAUCAAUUAUUACGUAUUGAUGAUUUAAAACAAGCAGCUGUUCGUAAUUUGUUGAGCACUUCAGUAUAUUCAUCUGAAAUAUCUGAAACAGAAUCUGAUUUGACGGCAACUUCUAUUGAUUUCACACUAAUUAAUACCAUCGGUACAUCAUUAGAAGUUCAGUCAAGUGAAGCACAAGACACAAUAUCAAUAACAGAUUCGUCUAUAAAUAUACAAUCAACUAUAAUAACAUCUACAACAACAGCUUCUAUAACAACAACAUCUACAACAACAGCACCUAUAACAGCAACAUCUACAACAACAGCAUCUAUAACAGAAACAUCUACAACAACAGCAUCCAUAACAGAAACAUCUACAACAACAGUAUCUACAAUAACAACAGCAACAACAUUAGUUGAAAUGAUUAGUAGCUCUGAUAUUGCAGCUACUGUGAACAUCAGUGACAAUGGUCUUUUCUCUGAGACUAUCGAUAUGAAUACAACUAUUUUAUUCGAUACGGCAACAAUAACAUAUUCAAUCAUUACGUCGGACGAUCUUUUAACUACUAUAGAAUCACCAACUAAAUCUGAAAAGAAUUUAAAAUUAAUUCUUGGUCUUACUCUUGGCUUGGGACUUCCAAUAUGUCUUGGUAUAAUUGGUGGUCUUGUCUACUAUUUCAAAAUCUAUCAACCAAGACAUGCUUCAAUUGGUAUCACUAACACUAUUUAG